CCGACACGUGUGAGAUUUCGAGUACGCGAUAGUUUCAAUUCUGUCAGAUUAGUCAACUACCGUCGCUUCAUCAUACCAUCAUCAUGAGAGCUGCUGUCGCGUUGACCGUGUUGCCUGUCCUGGCCGUCCAGGCUGUAAAAAUCGUGCAAAGCAACGAUGAUGGAUGGGCAGAGCUGUAUAUCCGCUCAUUCAACGAUGCUCUGAACGCGGCAGGACACCAGGUUGUCCUCUCUGGCCCAGCCGAGAACAAGUCUGGCAGCAGUUCCAGCGAUGAGGAGCCCGUGGCUCGCAAGGACGCCUGUGAAUACAGCAGCUGUCCCGCCAACAGCGGCCCUACCGGCUCUAACUCUACGCGCCCCGACCUCAACUGGGUCAACUCCUACCCCGUGACCGCCAUCAAGUAUGGCAUCAACACCUUUGGCCCGAAGCUCUGGAACGGCGCAAAGCCCGAGUUGGCCGUCACCGGCCCCAAUGUCGGCACCAACCUGUGGGUCCAGGUCCCCUUCUCCGGAACCGUUGGCGCCGCCUGCUACGCCGCACACGACGCCGGCAUCCCGGCCAUUGCCUUCUCCGGCGCAUCCACCGGCAACCUGGCCUGGAACACCUCCCCCGUGCCAGCACGCAGCCUCGUGUAUGCAGAGCUCGCCACUAUCCUCGUCAACCAAAUUGUCGACUCCGGAAAGCCUUACCUGCCCGAGGAUGUCUUCCUCAACGUCAACUUCCCCAAGGUCGAGGGCAAAUGCACCAAAGCCUCCGACUUCAAGUGGGUGCUGACCCGCAUCAACCCCGGCCUCCUCUCUCCUCCGGAUGUUGAGUGGUGCGGUGGUGAUCGGUUGCCAACCGAGACCGAAGUGAUUCUCGGCGGUGGUUGCCACAUCUCUGUUAGCAUUGGCGAUGCCUCGGACAAGACGACAGUCAACGACGACAGACAAGACACAGUGCUGGCCAAGUUGAAGGACAUUCUCGUGUGUCUCGAUUAGAGAAUGAUCCGUGGCGGUGCUGGCGAGUGAACAGAAGGGCGAGCUGUAUAUAUUGCAGAUGCGGAGAUGGAAACGUGACAUAGGAAGACGUAUUAUUCAUUACUAUAUAUAAUUGAUCGACAAUAAAUACUCGCAUUUGCUGGC